AUGGUUGAGGCUGAAGAAAACCGACUAUAUUUUGCUACUUUGCGGAACAGACCCAAAAGCACAGUAAACACGCACUAUUUCUGUACGGAUGAGGAAUUUGUUUAUGAAAAUUUUUAUGCAGAUUUUGGACCUUUAAACUUGGCUCUGGUGUACCGAUUCUGCUGCAAACUAAACAAAAAAUUAAAGUCUUUUGGUCUAUCAAGAAAGAAAAUAGUGUAUUAUACCAGCUUUGACCAGCGGAAAAGAGCAAAUGCAGCAUUUUUGAUAGGUGCAUAUGCAGUAGUUUACUUGAAGAAAACACCAGAAGAAGCUUACCGAAUACUUUUAUCUGGAUCUAAUCCACCAUAUCUUCCAUUUAGGGAUGCUUCAUUUGGGAACUGUACAUAUAGUCUAAGUAUUCUCGAUUGUCUGCAAGGAUUAAAAAAGGCCUUACAACAUGGAUUUGUUGAUUUCAAGACAUUUGAUGCAGAUGAAUAUGAACACUAUGAGCGGGUAGAAAAUGGUGACUUCAAUUGGAUUGUCCCUGGAAAAUUCUUAGCAUUUAGUGGACCGCAUCCGAAGACCAAGAUUGAAAAUGGCUAUCCGCUUCAUGCACCCGAAGCCUAUUUCCCAUAUUUUAGGAAGCACAACAUAACAACCGUCAUAAGACUCAACAAAAAGAUUUAUGAAGCAAAGCGCUUCACGGAUGGUGGGUUUGAGCACUAUGAUCUGUUCUUCAUUGAUGGAAGCACACCAAGUGAAAGUAUACUGCAACAGUUCUUGAACAUCUGUGAGGAAGCAGAAGGUGCUAUAGCUGUACACUGUAAAGCCGGGCUAGGAAGAACAGGAACACUGAUUGCAUGUUACAUAAUGAAACACUAUAAAUUCACACAUUCUGAAGCCAUUGCCUGGAUACGAAUGUGUCGGCCAGGUUCUAUUAUUGGACCCCAGCAACAUUUCCUUGAAGAAAAACAGUCAAUGUUGUGGGUCCAAGGAGACAUAUUCCGUACUAAACAGAAAUCGAGAGAAGUAGAUGAAGAUAGUGUGAUCAAAGUUUUGUCUGGCUUGGAUGACAUUUCCAUCAGUGGGACUUCAAGUAGAAUUGAAAAUUUGGAUAAAUAUAUAGAGAGUGAUUUGGAAGAUGAUGCAGAAGUAGAAGUUAAGAACGGCAUGACCCAGGGAGAUCAACUUCGUGCCUUAAAACUUCGGAGGCAGCCACGUUCAGCUACGACAGGAGCUCUUAGGUUAGAAGAUAUGAAAAUGCACGUCAGAUCCAUAUCCCAGCCUUUCAGACUGAAUACAGCAGCUUUCUCUCAAGGGUCUGUAUCUCCUUUGAAGUCCUCCAAAGUUACAGUUUCUGUGUCACCUGCAGCAAAGAGAAUAAAUAGACAUUCUCCAUCCUCAGUUCCAAAUUUAAAAAGCUUUUCCAUAAACUCCAGGUUAGCCAGUUCUCUAGGGAACCUGCAUGAUGCUUCAGAUGAUGCUGAGAGCAAACUGACAUUAUCAUCCUCUAGGACAGGUUAUUCUAUAAGCCAACUCUCCAGUCAUUUGAAUGGCAGUGCACAGUUGCCUGCUGGAAAUUAUCAUGAGCUGAACAACAACCUGUACAACAGGAGAGGCAAUAGCACUACCAACCUCAACAACUAUGUCAAUUCUCCCAACGUCCUGGCAGAGGAGUACAACACCUUCAGAUCUCUUACGGGGCUCGCUGCUUCUUCAGCAAGAUACCUGAGUCGAUCAAUUCCUGGCAACUGGAAUGAGGAGUAUAGCCCAACUUGAAAGGAACAAUGGAACAUUACCAAAGAUUACUCACUGAGAG